AUGGAGGCUAAUAAACCAAGUCAAGGCCUUUAUCCACUUCACCGUUGCAAAACCAUACAUCUGGUGAGGCAUGCUCAAGGGAUUCACAAUGUUGAAGGAGAGAAGAAUCAUGAUGCUUACUUAUCUGAGGAUCUCUUUGAUGCACAUCUCACACCUCUCGGAUGGCAACAGGUUGAAAACCUACGCAAGCAUGUUAAGGCAAGUGGGAUCUCCAAUAGAAUUGAGUUGGUUGUUGUGUCUCCUCUGCUCAGGACUUUGCAAACCGCGGUUGGAACUUUUGGCGGGGAAGGUUACAGAGAUGGCGUUGAUGCACCUCCGCUUAUGACGGCAGGUGCAGGAAAGAGCGAUCGUCCUGCUAUAUCAAGCUUAAAUUGCCCACCAUUCAUUGCAGUUGAAUCCUGCAGAGAGCAUUUGGGUGUUCAUCCUUGUGACAGAAGAAGCAAUAUCACCAAGUACCGCGAAUUAUUCCCUGCCAUUGAUUUUUCAUUGAUAGAAACUGAUGAAGAUGUUUUGUGGAAGCCUGAAAUCAGAGAGGAGGAUAAAGAUAUUGCAGCCAGAGGUGUAAAAUUCAUGAACUGGUUGAGUACAAGGAAAGAAAAGGUGAUUGCGGUUGUUACUCAUAGCGGAUUCUUGUAUCAUACAUUAAACUCAUUCGGAAAUGAUUGCGUUCCGGAUGUGAAAAGCGAGAUUUCUUCACAUUUCGCCAACUGUGAGCUUCGUUCGGUUGUUCUAGUGGAUAAAUGCAUGAACAGUUCGUAUCCUCCAGUGACCAACUAUCCCGGAAAGAGGCCUUCCGGGGAAGAUCUUCCAAGUGAUAUUGCUGACAAGAAGUAA